CAAAUCUUCAAGAAGCUGAGGAAUGAGUCGUGGCAGAUCGAGGAGGAAGAGUACACAGAAAGUUUCAGAAGCCCUAGUAAGGGCAAGCGGACGGAUCUCAAGUCUGUUGGAGAUCUGGGAUAUUCUGGCUCAGUGCGUGAGAAAUGAGAUGUCUGCCUCACCACUAAUAAAUCGCAGACGUUCUUCACGACACCGAAUACUAAGUUUCUAGUCAAGUCACUGCCGCGUCACUUCGAACAGUCCUUCUUUCGUAAACGACUUCUCGACCCUUAUGUCGAUCACAUGCAGUUCAACAAGGAUUCUCUUCUCGUCCGCAUAACCGACCUUCUCUACUGCCCGACAUCGACGCUUGGUGCCUUCCUCGGCGCCACUCCGAGCCACCACAUUGUGAUGGAGAACAUAUUGUAUGGAAAGUCAAGCUGCAACAGGGACCAACAGAAGCAAUGGGAGACAUUCGAUCUGAAACCGAACGAUUACUUUUUCCCAGAGCGAGAUAUCGCCGGCGGCAGAUUGGCACCAGAGAGCGUCAAAGAACGUCUUAUCGAUGAGUUCGAGGACAAGAUCAGGGUCACCAUCGAUCAGAAAGAAGAGCUGAUUGCGCAACUAUCUAAGGAUAGCAAGCUUCUGCAGGAGAACAAUGCGGUUGACUACUCGCUGUUCCUGGUUCGCUUUCCGGCAGAGCUGAACUCCGGAAAACACAGAGUCCCAAAUCCUCCAGGACGUGGCUCGACGUGGCGUACAGGUGUCGUCUCGCGGGACGGCAAGUGGGUUUACCGAGCCAUCGUACUGGACUUCUUCUGGUCGAAAGACGCAUUGCAAGCACAUGCUUUUACCGGCUUGGUCAAGCUGUACAACACGCUCAAGUUUGGCAAAGAUCAUGGUCCAAUGAGCAUUACUGCAAACAGCGAUGAGUACAGGCAGAGAUUCUUGGGUAUGGUGGAAGACAUGGUCGAAGUGCUGGACAGUUCUGGAAGACCGUCGGGUGAGAUCAGAACCCCGCCUAGCGGCCCUUAGGAAGUUUGAAAGGAGUUCACAUCCAAGUUCAGGCCGCCAUUCUCUAUUGUAAGAGUCUUCUUUGGAGUUGAUAGUGUUCAAAGUAGAGAGAUACCCUAUUUAUGGU